CGGUCGGGCUGAUUGUUGGUUUCCGCGAGUGUCACAAAAAGAAAUUCGUAAAAAAUAAAUGAUUAUUGUGUGAAAUGAACUGAAUUUGUGAAUGUUCGUUGUUUUUUUAUAAUAUACUGUUGAAUGGAACCUAAAUGUGACGUCUUUGAAACUUUUGAUGCAAAAAAACAGAUCGAGCUAUGUUAACAUCGUGACGUUUCAACAAUUUAAUAUAUAGAUGGAUUAAGAUCCAUCACAAAGUACAAUAGCAACGAUUAUUAGAUAGAGAAGGUAAAGAUGUCACACCAUCUUGUGACAGUAUGCAUGUUUUGCCUGCUCUGUGCAGCGCACACCUGCGGCUCACACGUUGAUAUACACAAAGAUAUCGUAUCCUAUGAACCAGAAAUACAAAACACCGAACAUAUGAUGGCUGACCUUGGUAAACGAAGAAUAGACUCAAGACAGAGGUAUCAAUUUAAAUUGGACAAGAUACGAAGAAAGAGAGAUGUCAGAAAUGUGAAUCCAAAUGCGUAUGUGGAACAGAUCUUCAGUAUAUACGGUGAUGCGGGCACAACUACAAUGAAUAUGACUGGUUUUAAUAGGAUGUUGCAAGAUCUGGAUCUGCAUAAAUUAGUUGAAGGUGGUGUGCAGAAAGUCGAGCGGAAAGUGUACUUCUAUGGUGAGACUGAAGCCAAAGAGGAUGUUGUCAAUUGUGUAAGCAGUGAAGAGCUUGUUACGACAGUAAACACAAGGUUAAAACCUCACGAUCAUGACCACGAUGAACAUAGUGCCUCUGAACACGAAGCAGAUACCUCCGUUUCAGAGGACACGUUACAAGCCAUCUGCCCUAUCCUACUUUAUCAGAAGCUAGCUGGUACCUCUCUAGAAAAGUCUGGCUGUGUCAAAGAAGCUAACAUACCUUAUAGAAUAGACUAUAAAGAUCUCAAACCUUUAGAGAAUGCGUAUUCUAAAAAUAUGUAUACAGUUUGGUUGUAUUCCUCUUUAAGUAUAUUUGCGAUCAGUGCUUGUGGAUUGCUCGGUGUCGCUGUUAUUCCUAUAAUGCACAAAACUUAUUACAAUCAUCUUUUACAAUUCUUAGUCGCGUUAGCUGUUGGUACAUUGUGUGGGGAUGCUCUCUUACACUUGAUGCCCCACGCCAUGAGUCCCAUGGAGCAUGAACACAGUAGUCACGAGGAAACCGGUGUCGAUGUUAGAGCCUCACACGAUGACGGCAUGUGGAAGGGUCUGGCAGCUAUGUUAGGUGUAGUAUUCUUUUACUUUACUGAAAAAGGUUUAACAGUUGUUGUCGAGUGGAGAAAGAGAAGGCAGAAGUUGGAAGAAGACAAACUACCGACUAGAGUCCGAGUGCUAAAAGACGAAGCGGUAGGCUGUUCGGAUGGUAAGCCAACAACGAAUUCCACAUCGAAUAAUAUUAUGAAGAUCUUCAAGAGAGACGAGAAAGGAGAUCCGACAAUGAAGACUUGCAAGCACAAGUACUCUGAGUACCCUUACUGUUACGAUGAGAUUGAUACUGACACACACGAUGAGCAUCACGUGAGAGAUGGUCUACCACCGAGUCCAAAGGCCCAGAAGAAACACAACAACUCCGUCAGCGUGGUGUCAUCGAAUGCUCUCAAUCCUGAAGGAAAGGAGAACGAGCCGACGGCGAAAGAUUGGCUGUUAAAAGCUGAGACCACUCCUGCGGUCGUCGAAAUGAAUAACAUAAACCAUAAAGAAGAAGGAGCUAAAGAUUUGAAGGAUGGUGACAGUUAUACAGUAAUAUUGAGGGAGCACUCGCGUGCACACCACGGGCAUUCGCACGCGCACGGACACGUGCACGCCCCGCCCUCCUCCAUGUCCUCCGUGGCUUGGAUGGUCAUCAUGGGUGACGGCUUGCACAACUUCACCGACGGCAUGGCUAUAGGUGCGGCGUUCUCUUCAAAUAUCGCCGGUGGUUUUUCGACUGCGAUUGCGGUGCUCUGCCAUGAGCUGCCUCACGAACUGGGUGACUUUGCGGUGCUGCUGAAGGCGGGCAUGUCUGCGCGGCGCGCGGUGUGGUACAACGUGCUGUCGUCAGCGCUGUGCCUGCUGGGCAUGGUGUGCGGAGUGCUGGCGGGACACGCGCCCUCCGCCACCAGGUGGCUGUUCGCAGCCGCUGCCGGCAUGUUCUUGUACAUCGCACUCGUUGACAUGAUGCCGGAGCUGAGCACGUCUCACAGCAAGGAGGGCACGCUGUGUCAAUGCUUGCUGCAGCUGAUGGGACUAGCCACCGGCAUUGGUGUCAUGCUCGUCAUCGCUCUAUAUGAGCAUGACCUCAAGAACCUCUUCGGUGAAUCCUGAACAUCUACGGAGCAGACAAAACACAACCAGCCAGGUUGAACCUCUUUGGUUCAAUCUGAACCUUGUUGGUAAAGGCUGAACCUUUCCGAUGAAGUGUGUAAUGACAACAGUGAUAUGUGUUAUAAGUGAAAAUGUUCCCCUAACCAGUGUCAAAUUAUAUAACCAAUUGUGAACUUAAAGUGAAUGCACUCAAAGUGAAAUGUGUAAUGCGACGAAUUUUUUAAAUGUAAGUGAUUUUUUUUUCCUUAAUUCAAUGAUAUUGGGGUCUAAAAUCCCCGACUGGUCAUAUUGACCAUAUAAGCUAUUAACAGUAUCAAUCGAAUACAGUAAUCGAAUCGUGUUAAGUACAAUAAAUUGAGUGUCGACAUCUAUUUUUAAUAUUUUUUUGAAUUAUUGACA